GGUUUGGGCUACCUGGGCGGCCUGGCGGGUCCUCCCAGUGUCAUGCAGCAGCUGUUCCCCCACCUCCCGCCCAUGGGGGCCGGGCCGGGGGCUCCCUUCGGCGACACCGAGGGGGCGUCGCCCGUCACCGUGCCCGUCACCUCCUCGACGGGCGGGCCCAGGAAGCCGGCGGCCAAGCGCAAACAGGCCAAGAGCGGGGACGCGCCGGCUCCGAGGAAAAGAUCAAGGUCUAACAAGGUGGAUGGGGAGGGGGAUAUUGACGAGCAACGACUGGACGAGAUUGUUUGCGGUCAGGAGAUUGCAGCUCACGAAGGUGCGAUCGUUGCCCUCAAGCUCCACAAGCACUACGUGUUUUCAAGCUCCACCGACAACACUGCCAAGCGCUUUGACCUUCUGGACCCGAGCCAGUCUGUGGUGUACAAGGGAAGCACAAUGACGGUGAACUCCCUCGAGGUGCACUGCCCGAAGAAACUCCCUACCCUGCUCUACACGGCGUCUCUGGACGGAUUCCUGCGUUGCUUCGAAGCCGACUCUGGGGAAUGUGUGCAAGAGCACAACAUUGAGAUCUCCAUUGUGUGCUCUGCCCUCUGUUGGGGAAAGAUCUACCUCGGCCUCCAGACCGGGUACGUCGCAGUCUUCAAUCUCAAGAGCCAGAAGGUGCAGGAGACGUUCUACUGCUCCAACUGCCCGGUGAGCCGCAUCACCACGGCGACGGAGGGCGCCCAGAAGUUGCUGUGCACGGUGACCAACGACGGGAGCAUCACGAUCAGGGACCCCUCCACGGGGCUCCUCUUCCGCUGCCUGGACGGCCUGGUCCAGCCGCCCUCCUGCAUCGCCGUCCACAACGGAGCCGUGUACACCACCUCCGCGGACCGCACCAUACGCACGCACGAGCUCAGGACGGGAAGCCUGCUCAAGGUGUACGAGGCGAAGAGUGCGGCCACAGGGGUGCGCUUCUACAAGAACCUCCUGGUGUGCUGCUCUUUCGACGGUCUCAUACGCUGCUACAAGACCAAGGAUUUUUCGUGUCAAGUGGUGUACUACGGGGCUGGGAAGAACAUGGUCAUGAGCAUGGAUGUCAACGGACCUCUGAUUGCAACUGGCAACAGAAAGGGCAAGAUAGAAGUCGUCAACUUCGACAAGAGCAACCUGCAAGUGUGUGGGGUGCAGUCGUGCAACCUCAAGUUUGCCCGGGAGGAGGACUUGGUUCACCACCUGCGGCGAGAGCACAUUGGCGUCGGCGCCAAGGGCUCCAUGACCUGUCCCUGGACGCAGUGCCAGAUGAGCUUCUCGGGCCCAAACUGCAACAAGGAUUUCGAAAAACACCUCAUGGACCACGCCUACACGUGACGAGACCAGUCACGACGUGCGCAGCUCAAAGGGGUUACGUCCAUUCAGACACGCUCGUAUCAUCUAACGAGUCGGUGUCGGUCGGUUUAGCCGUGCUCAGAACAUUGAAAGAGUCAACAAAGCUUUGGGACUUUGCAGUGCUGCGGGAGCCCAUUGUCGCUCAAUUUUGACGCGUAAAGCUUUAGUCAUUGUUCAGACCUUUUGCGUGGCGUUUCAUUUCUUUUUUCGCCGUCUAGGACAACAAAUUUUCUUCUUCAUGUUUACUAUGAAUUUGUAUAAAAAUAGUUUUUGUAAGGUUGCAAGAAACUGUACAUAGUCAAGAUGCAGCAUACGCGUGUGUAAAUAGGAAGCCAUUGUCAAAUAUGAGCGAGAGUCUAGUUUUUUCAUGUGCUUCGAAUGGUGAAAUUUUGUACCGUAAUGCGGAAUAGGUGUCUGUUGAGACGUCACUACCCGUUUGUAUCAUAAAAGAGUGUGGGCAUUGAAACCUGUGUCUUUGUUGUUUGUCUUACGGGCCACAUGUUGUUUCUGUUUGUUUAUUUUUUGUUUUGUUUUUCUGAGUCUUUGAGCUUGGGUUGCUGGCUGAAGAUGCCCUACGCCCAAAUUCUUGCUUUUGUGCAUGCGCAUUUUGUUUUGAAACUAGAAAUCAAUGCCUAGAGAGAGAGAGCGGCGUGAUCUUGAGGAUUUCAGUGCAAUGUGAAACUGAGCUGCAAACAUCUCUUCUCCUAGGCUAAAAUAGCAUCUCGUCAUCAAACUGUGAAACAUUUGAGUUGGUUCAUUGUUGUUCCCCCCCCCCCCCGAGUCGUUUUAAAGCGUAAAUGUUUUGCAGAAGCUGUUAAGUUCUAAGUUCGAUUUAGUCUUGUGUAUGCUCAUUUUUGUUAUAAAAAUAAAAAUAGAUACGUGGGGAGAAAAAACAAAACACCUAGGAGAUUUCAGCAAGACAGGAAUAUGAGUUGCUAACACCUUCCCACUUGCUAAAAAAAAAUUAUCUUUUUUUUUUUUAAUUACCAGUCAGAUGUAUCAGUGAAGAGUAGCCUGGUGCAUGCUUUUCUGUCGGAUAAGUUCUGCCAAUAAAAUUGUGUUUGGAGCAA